AUGUAUAGAGAAGAUACACAGACAGGUUCCGUAAUAGGAACUAACACGUUGUAUAGCCAGAUACAAAGAAACGUGUCCUUGAACGACAUCCACAUAAACGAAAACGAGGACGCAGCAAACGUGCAAGAUAACAACAUAGCACGUGUGUUUGAUUAUUUCUUGAGAUCAUACGUCCAGCAGGAAACAUACGAGUCGGAAGAAGAUGAAGAUCUGGAGGAAACAGUGAAGGACAUGUUUAGGUACGCAAAGGACCGUACGAAGGUAAUCUACUACAUGAAGGUGGCGUGCCAAUUAGUGUUGAAGGAGUCGAACUCGACUGAAGUACUGCAGGUGCACCUGGGCCAUAUAAUGAACUGGAGAUACGACGACCCGGACGCUCCACCGAACCUGAAUGUGCAGCUGUACAGAUACCUGGUGAAAAACUUCCUAAGUAGGAUGCAGGAGCCGCUGGAGGACGUAGUACAGUUCUUGGCAAAUGAGCUGUCAAACGCAUUCAGCAGAGUGCCGAGGAAGUUCUACGUGCAGUUCCUGCACGAGCCGACACUAGUUUAUCCUCUAAAAGAAUUGAAGUGUAACAUGCUGGGAGAGUUGGUGUGCGUGAGAGGCCAAGUGACGAGAGUGUCAGACGUGAAGCCGGAGCUGGUGAGAGCAACCUUUAAAUGUAAGACCUGCGGAACAGUAGUGGGAGACGUGGUCCAGCAGUUCAAGUACACGACGCCGACGAAGUGCCCAAGCAACAACUGCCUAAACAGCACAGAUUGGGAGCUGAUGAUGGACCACUCGUUCUUCUGCGACUGGCAAAAAAUAAGAAUACAGGAAGUGGCACAAGAAGCAGAGUCAGGCUCGAUGCCGUGCUCAAUGGAAGUGAUACUGAGAAAUAAGCUGGUGGAUACAGUAAACGCAGGAGACAGAGUGCAAGUGUCAGGGUCACUGAUAAAGGUGAUGAGGCAAGGAGCGAAGAGAUUCGAGUCGUUCCUGCUCUCGCAAGGAAUCACAGGAAUCAAGGGAGUGGGAGCGAAGCAGCUGAACCACAAGCUGUGCUUCCUGGCAACGCAAGUGAUCGUGAUUAACCAGGCGAGAUCAAGCCCACAAUUCACGGAAAUAGAAGAUAAGUCGUUCAUAGCGGAGGACCUGCUGAGCAUACCAGGCUUCGAGUGGAUAAGAGAAGUGAGCAGAAGCAGAGACACAAUAGACCGACUGAGUAAAAUCAUAGCGCCGAACGUCUGGGGAAACUAUGAGAUUAAAAAGGGGCUCCUGCUGCUGCUGGUGGGAGGAGUGCACAAGAGCUCGAGAGACGCGAAGCUGCGAGGAGACAUUAACAUGUGCAUAGUGGGAGACCCGUCGACAGCAAAGAGCCAGUUCCUUAAGUUCGUGGAAAGCUUCGCGCCGAGAGCAGUGUACACGAGCGGAAAGGGCUCGACAGCAGCAGGACUGACAGCAGCAGUCUUCAGAGACAGAGAUAACAACGACUACGUGCUGGAAGCAGGAGCGCUGAUAGUGAGCAUACACGAAGCAAUGGAGCAGCAGACAAUAAGCAUCAGCAAGGCAGGAAUACAGGCGACACUUAACGCAAGAGCGUCAGUGCUGGCAGCAUGUAACCCGAGGUACGGAAGGUACGACACGAGCAAGAGCUUCAAGGAAAACGUAAACAUCCCGUCGCCGCUGCUCUCGAGGUUCGACCUUUUGUACACGAUUCUGGACGAAAACAAUAACCAGGUUAACAGACAAAUAUCAGAGUACGUGUGUAACCGCUACAACCAGUACACGGCGAAGUCGUCGCCACAAGUGGUAGACCUGAACCUGGAGAGAGAAGAGGAAAGAAGAAGAAGAGCACGCGAAAAUAUGGAAACGGAGUUGGAAGGCGAAGAAGUAGAGCCGGUUGAAGUGGACUACUACAAGCUGAGUAAGUGGGACGAGUACACGAGUCCGAACUACGUUAACCCGAACAGAAGAUUCGCAACGACGAACAGGGUAGGGAAGGAAGGGUCAAAUGAGAGUGGCGCAAACGGAAACACAGAAAGCGCAAGCAGGAGAGGAGUAGAAAGUCAGCAGGAAAGUAACGUGGGAGAGGCUGAGGAGGAGAUGACGCUGGACGAGCUGAGGCUGUACAUAGAGCUGUGCAAGCGCCUGAAGCCGCUGAUGCAGGACAGCGCAAAGCACAAGCUUAGCGACUACUACAUAGAGCUGCGCAACGGAGACGUGGGAGGAGGAAGAAGGUCCAUGCGCAUGACAGUGCGACAGCUGGAGUCGCUGGUGCGCCUGAGCGAAGCAGUGGCGAAGCUCAAGUUCUCGGACUUCGUGACGGACGAACACGUGCAAAUAGCAUACGGAGUCUUCAAGUCGUCGCUGCUGAAGCUCACGAACAAGUCUAGCGUAAAGCUGACCUUCGGAAACGAAACAGCAAGGUCGAGCAUGGAAACAGAAAGGUCAGCGUCAGCAGAGGAGACGCAGGAAGGAGCGUCGGCGAGGAGGCACGGAGGAGAGGCAAGAGCAGAGGACUCGGAGCUGGUCUCGACGAUAGGGCUCGACCUGUACAACGACAUCUCAGCAGUGCUCCUGGACAAGGUGAGCGAGAGCGAGCUGCGAGGGAGCCUGCUGGCGAACAACGAGCUCGUCGAGUGGUACCUCGAGGAGGUGCUCCUCCCUCGAAACGAGGCGGAGGCGAACGAGUGGAACCUGAAGCUGCAGCAAAUCGUCCACAGGCUGGCCUUCGUGGACUCGAAGCUGCUGCCCUCGCAGCUGGAGGGGGACCCGGAGAACAUCUACAGGCUGCGCGUGCACCCGAACUACUUCUCGCACACGCACCUCUUCUCAAGGAAGCAGGACCAGUACGCGGCGAAGGAGGGAGAGGCCGAGCAGGAGGAGUUCAUGGACGAGGACGAGCCCGAGGAGACGGAGCGGGAGUCCCAAGUGUCCCAGCAGGACUAG